UAUCGACCUUUGAUUUUCCGAAUGACAAUGUGUACAAAUUAGAAUUACACAUUUUUUAUGCUCAUGUAUAGUAACCGGGUAGGAAGACUGAAGAACAUUUAGAGAAAGCAACAGCAGACAAGAAAGGGGAGAGGAAAUAUAAUGUCUAACAGCAAAGAUGCUUCAAGUUCAAAAAUUAUCUCCCCUGACCAGACUUCAGAUCAGUUCAUGCAAGAACACAUCAGUUUUCCGGAUGGAGGAAGCAGUUAUAAAUGUGAAGUGUGUUGUAAAGAAAUGACGAGUAAAGCAAAGUUGGAGGAACAUAUUAAGCAGCAUUCUGCAAUGUUAGACAAACAUAUGAGAACCCAUGAUGCGGUGCCAGAGGAACACAUAAAAACACAUACUUCAGAACCAGAGGCACAUGUAAAAAUACAUACUGAAGAAUCAGAGGAACCUAUGACAACACAUACUGCAGAACCAGAGGAACGUAUGAAAACACAUACUUCAGAACCAGAGGAACGUAUGAAAACACUUACUGAAGAAUUAGAGGAAUUUAAGAGAACGCAUACUUCUGAAUCAAAGGAACAUAUGACAACAUGUACUGCAAGAUUAGAGGAACAUAAGAGAACACAUACAGAAGAAUCAGAGGAAAAUAUGGCAACAUGUUCUUCAGAAUCUGAGGAACAUGAGAGAAUGCAAAUUGCAACAUGUUUUUCAGAAUCAGAGGAACUUAAGACAACACAUGCUGCAGAAUCAGAGGAACAUAUGAGAACACAUACUUUAGAUUCAGAGGAACAUAUGACAACACAUACUGCAGAACCAGAGGAACAUAUGACAACAUGUACUGCAAGAUUAGAAGAACAUAAGAGAACACAAAAUGCAGAGGUUGAGGAAUACAUGUAUAUGACAACACAUACAGCAGAAUCAGAGGAAAAUAUAAACACAUUUUCUACCGAGUUAGAAGAACAUAUGACAACACAUAACACAGAUGUUGAAGAACACAUGAGAACAUAUAAUGCAGACUUAGAGGAACAGAUCAGAGCAUAUGCUGUGGAGUUAACAGAAAAUAUGAGAACAGAUACUGAGAAAUUAGACAAACAAAUGAGAACACAUAAUGAAAGAUUAGAAGAACUUAUAAGAGCACAUGCUGAAAAGAAUCAUGAAUUUGAACAAAUGAGAACACAUAAUGAAAGAUUAGAAGAACUUGUAAGAGCACAUGCUGAAAAUAAGCAUCAUGAGAUCGAUAUGACUGACAAAGAAUUUAGUCAGAAAGGCCACUUACAGACAGAGACAAACGAAGAAGAGGGUGAAAGACCAUUUAAAUGUGAUGUGUGUUAUAAAACAUUUCGUCAAAAAGUGAAUUUACAGGCACAUUCAAGUAUUCAUACGGGUGAAAAACCAUAUGAAUGUAGUGUUUGCGGAAAAGAUUUCAGUCGUAUUUCAAACUUGCAUAGACAUACGAAAACACAUUCUAGCGAUAAACCGUUUAAAUGUGAGAUUUGCGGUAAAGGGUUUAGUACGAAUCAGAACUUAAAGACACACAUAAAAAUACACACUGAUGUUAAACCUUACACGUGUGAUAUAUGUGGUGCAGGGUGUAAUAGCGAUCAGAGUUUACACAAACACAUGAAAACACAUACUAGUGACAAACAUCAUAAAUGUGAGAUAUGUGGACAAGGGUUCGGGAACGGUUCACACUUAAAGAGACACAUAAGAACACAUUCUGGAUUUAAACCUUAUGAAUGUGGUAUAUGCCAAAAACGGUUCAAUCAAAUUCCGAACUUAAAGAGACAUCUAAGAACACACACUGGUGAUAAACCCUUUAACUGUGAGAUCUGUGGGAACAGGUUUGGUCACAAGAACAGCUUACAGAUUCACAUGAGAACACAUAGUAUGAUACUGGUGUUUGAUCAAAAAGAUUCGACAGUUGAACAUGUUGAAGCUUCAAACGUAGAGAAUUCUUAGUUAAAAAUUUAGUAGUCAAAGACCUGAAGAACAACACGUAGAUAUGUGUACUUGUAUUUUUUGUGAAGUAGUGUGCGUUUGAACAUAAGUAUUAAACAAUCCAUGCAGUCGAAGUUACAAAUGUACAGAAUUUAGUAUUUUGUAAUAAAAGACCUAAACGGAAACAUUAGAUAUGCGAACUUUUAUUAUUGGCGAAGAAGUGAGUGUUUAUACAUACACAUUCAACACUUGAAGCUUCAAAUGCACAUAAUUAGUAGUAAGAUAUUUAUUAGUCAAAGACCUGAGAGACAACAUGUAAGGAAUGAGGUGAAGUGGUGAAUUAUCAAUUAAGAACACAUACCAGGAACAUAGUGCAUAUAUGUGAUUAAUAUCAUUAUAAUGAACAGUUUCUUGUAUUCAUAAAUGACAUUUAAUACGUAUAAGUCAUGUAAGUACACAUACAAAACAUAAAAAUUCAUAUAAAUGUGUCAUAUGAAUAUGGUUAAGGGUUGUAUGAUAAAAGUGUUUGUCCUAUACACAUUAAAACACAUACAUUUUGUACUAGAAUUGAAGUUUAUACAUGUGAUUAACAUAAUAAAGGGUUGAGUGACAACAGUCUAAAAUGUA